AUGGCUAAUGCUAGCGCAAAUAAGAUAGCAGCAGCAAAAGAACCCUCAUUUCGUGAGGUGAUGAAGGAGGAAAUGUGCGAGGCGCUCACAGGCUUACGAGAGGAACUUCGAGAAGAUACCUUGGUCCCCACAGACCCCAUGUCCCUGUUCAACCUGAAGAGAGGUUCCCCCGAAGAAGAGUUCCCUAACCUAAAAUACAACUACACGUGUAUGGCGAGAAUACUGACUCCAAAACUGUAUACUCGCCAGUUCAACCGUGCCACCCAGAGCGGGGUCAUCUUUGAUGAUGUCAUACGCCCGGGCCUCGAGGAACCAGGGAAGCUUCAUGGACCCAUGUCUGUGGGUUGUGUGGCUGGUGACGGCCAGUCUUACAUCCUAUUCUGUGACUUCUUUGAUCGGGUCAUUGAGGCCUACCAAAACCACAAGAUGAGCAAGUUACAGGAGAGCGACUUUAAUCACGACAACUUAAAGGGAGGUGAUGAUUUUGACCGUGAUUACGCCUUGAGCUGCGAGGUGAGUGUGGUGCGCGGUGUGGAUGACUUCGGCUUUCCGACACACUGCAGCCGGGGAGAACGUAGACAGCUCUUCAUGCUGGCCAAGAAAGCUCUGGACCAAUUGGCAGAGGAGUUGCCAGGGAAGCUGUACUCAAGGGCAGAACUGUCACAUGACAAAGAAGACAAGGGAGUGACCGUGGGAGCCCCUUCCCUUUCCCAGUUGAGGAACGGGGUGGCCCGUGACUGGCCUGACUCCAGAGCUGUAUGGAUCAGUAAAGACGGGACCCUGGCGGUAUGGGUCAACAUUGACGACCACCUCAGAUUGGUGACCACGCGAGAUGACGCCAACAUUGCAGAGGCCUUCCAAUGUAUCUGUGUCAAUAUCCUUAAGUUGGAGGCGCUGUACAAAAAGCUGAGGCACCCAUUCAUCUGGAAGCAGCAGCUUGGAUGGGUAGUGAGCUCUCCAGCAGAUGUGGGGACCGGCCUGAGGGCUAGCGUUCGUGUCAAGCUGCAACACCUGCCCAGACACAAACGCCUGGAAGACGUCCUCAACAGACUGCGCCUCCGCAUGGACAACACCGACUGCAGUGAGGUGUAUAACAUCAGUAAUGCCCAGACAAUCGGCUUGGACGAGGUGGGGUUCACGCAGCUAGUGGUGGAUGGGGUCAAGCUGCUCAUCCGCAUGGAGAAGAGGUUAGAGGGUGAAGAGAAAAUCGAUGAUCUGGUGCCUUUACAGAAGUAG